GACGCUCUCGGGCUUCCGUAGAUAUGUCAGGAAGAAGGAAAAGCAGCAUAACGUUAUUGCAACCUUUUUUUUCUUCUACGUUUGUAGGUUGUUGCCAGCUCAAGACAGCAAAUGUGAGACAGAGAGAAGAGGAGUGAACAGGUCAUGAGAUAACAGGACAAUGACGAGCAGUGCAGACUACCGCUCCAUCUUUGAUUUGUGCCCAGAUGAUGAGGCUUUCAUCGGGCUGAAGGAGGUGAAACAGGCUGUGAACACCGACCCUGCCUCAGACGAGUUGGAGGAGAAACCCCCAGAGGAUGACAGUCAGCGGGAGUCCAGCCUGGUUAGAGAGGUGUCAGACAAGGUGGUCUGCUCGGCCUGCAGAUGCCCCUUCAAUAAUCGUGAGGAGCAGAUGGAGCACUACAAGCUGGACUGGCAUCGGUUCAACUUGAGACAAAAGUUGUCAGGAGUGCCUCCGGUCACAGCUGAGGAGUUUGAGAGGAAGACUGGAGCCGGAGACAUGUCGAGUAUCUCAGGCUCAGAGUCCGAUUCAGAGGAUGAAGAUUCUGACAGUGACGUUGGGGGAACAAGCAGCAACGUCACCGGCACCGACAACGAGAGCUCAGUCGAAACCAGUUUGAUCAACAGCCGGCCCUCGAGCAAGGUGGUUUUCCAGAACUCAGCGGGACAAUAUCUAUCCGUCUACCGCUGUAUUCUGCAGGGCAAGUCAGACGAUGUACAAGAUGCCCACUUGAAGGCCAUAAGUAAGAACACUGUGUGGGUCAUUAUCAUGACGGGUGGAGGCCACUUUGCUGGUGCUGUAUUUCAAGGAAAAGAAGUGCUUCAGCACAAGACCUUCCACCGAUACACAGUGCGAGCGAAGCGAGGCACCGCUCAAGGACUCAGAGACUCUCAGAACCGCAGUCACACACCAAAGUCUGCGGGAGCUGCUCUGAGGCGACACAAUGAGGCAGCGCUAGUCAAGGACAUUCAGGAUCUCCUGCUAAGCUGGGUUGAACACUUAAAGGAGGCCUCUGCUAUAUUUGUGCGAGCUCCAAGCUACAAUAAAAGCAUCUUUUUUGGUGGCCGCGCAGCUCCGUUUGACAAAAAAGAUCCCAGGAUCCGUACGCUGCCCUUUGCCACACGCAGGGCAACCUUUCGGGAGGCAAAGAGGGUGCAUGAGGUGCUUUCCACCGUCCAUGUUUAUGGGAAAGACACAGACAUGUCUGCAGUCUUCAGUCCAUCAAAGAAGGCCUGGAAGAAAACUGUCAAACCUACAGCACAAAUAGAUACCAAUCAAGAGAAAGCAGAAGAAAAUCAUGAUAGCUCAGAUAAAGAAGAAGAGAGCGGAGAGAUCCAGCUGGAGAUGGUGGAGCUGACAUUAGGAACUCUGGACCUCAGGGAGUAUGAAAUCUAUCCCCCCAGACACAGGAGGAGGAGGAGGAGAAAGAAGGAGGAAACCAAAAUGCAAAAAGAGGAAUUGAGUAACACAGAUGCAGAUAAUCAAGAGGAGGAGGUGCCUGAGGCUACACCAGUGGGAGACGCACCUCCAGAGACGAAUUUAAAGAAGAAGAAGAGGAAAGCACAGAGUAAGAUGCAACUGGAAGAAAUUGCUGAUGAAUCAUGGGAGUACGGCGUGAGGGAUGCCCUGUUUACAGCUUGUAAGGUUGGGGAUGCGGACACUCUAUGCAGACUCCUCCAGCUCCCUGGAGAAUUGGGAGAGAGUCCAGAGCGGUCGGAGAGCAACCCCUCUGAUGUCCCAAGUCCUCUAACUCUCCUUAAUAAACCCAUCGACUUGUCAGGGUUCACUUUGUUGCAUGUUGCCUCAGCAGCGGCACAGAAGGCUGUGGUCAAGCUGCUCCUGGAUGCAGGAGCAGACCCAGCCUCCAGGAAUAACAAAGGGCAGACCCCCUAUAUUGUUGCCCCGGACAAAGAUACAAGGAAUGUCUUUCGUAAAUUUAUGGGUGAGAAUCCAGAGAAAUAUGACUACAGCAAGGCGCAGAUCCCUGCACCAUUAACGGCAGAGAUUGAAUCCAAACAGUCGGAGAAAAAAAAGGCACAAAAGGCAUUGAGAAAACAGCGAGAAAAAGAGCAGAAGGAGGAAAAGAGGAAACAAGAGCUGGAGGCAGAGGAAAAGAAGAGGUUUGCAUCUCUGACUGAUCGUGAAAAGAGAGCUCUGGCAGCAGAGAAGAGGUUAGCAGAGCAAGUGGCUGCAACGGGAGUCGGCCUCUCUAAUGUCAAGAGGUGCUGGUUGUGUGGAGAGUCCCUGCUUGGGAAGAUCCCAUUUCAGUACCUGGAGUAUUCGUUCUGCACCCCUCGCUGUGUCCAAGCACAUCGAAAAGCCAAUACUGUUCCAGGCAAGACCUGAUAACAUUUUUCGUUGAAAAGAAGCUACCUCAUUAAAACUAAAAGUGUAUUUCUGCUCUCUUGUCAGGAGUCUAAUAUGGCUCAACUCAACACAUACAUUUCAAAUAUAAUUUUAUCAUGGCAGAUGAAAAUUGGAUGCAUAUACAGCAUUAAAACAUAAUGUUAGAAAUGUGUAAUUUAUUCACAGUAUCUGCAGUUAUGGAAAAGGUAAAAAAG